CCUCUCAGGGACUAAAGUAGGCCAACGAAGGGCUGAGAGGAACUAACUUCUCUCCUCCGGUUCCGACUUUCUCUGCAAAGCCGUUCCCCUCUGGAGCUGGGACAAGCGGAGGAGUGAAGCAAUCGGGCUGGUAGGAGUUGCUGUGCUCAGAGAGGAGAUGGGCAGCAGCUGAGGAGAUUUUCUCCCAGCCGGGCUGAACAGCACAGAGUCGGGUAGGGCAGAAAUGUAUCACUCCGGCAGUGAGGAGUCAGAUCUGGGUUCGGCCGACUCCUACACCAGCCGUCCAUCAGACUCCGAUGUGUCCCUGGAGGAGGAUAAGGAGGCAGUGCGCAGAGAGGCAGAGCGACAGGCUCAGGCACAGCUUGACAAGGCCAAGACAAAACCAGUUGCAUUUGCUGUUCGCACAAAUGUCAACUACAGCCCGAGUCACGAUGACGAUGUCCCCGUGCCAGGCAUGGCCAUCUCUUUUGAGGCUAAAGACUUCCUCCAUGUCAAAGAGAAAUUCAACAACGACUGGUGGAUAGGACGCCUGGUGAAGGAAGGCUGUGAAAUCGGUUUCAUCCCGAGUCCAGUGAAGAUUGAAAACACUCGUAUCCUCCAGGAGCAGAGAGCCAAACAGGGCAAGUUCCACUCCAGUAAACUGGGAGCAAACUCAUCCUCAAGUUUGGGUGAAGUGGUUCCUAACUCACGAAAAUCUACUCCUCCUUCGUCUGCCAUUGACAUAGACGCCACAGACUUAGACCCCGAGGACAAUGAGCUUCCAGUCAACCUGCGCUCCCCUAAAGCCAGUCCAAACACUGUCAUGUCACCCCUAGCAAAAGAGAAACGAAUGCCCUUCUUUAAGAAGACGGAACACAUUCCUCCAUACGACGUUGUGCCUUCCAUGCGGCCCGUGGUUCUGGUUGGACCGUCACUGAAGGGCUACGAGGUGACAGACAUGAUGCAAAAAGCACUGUUUGACUUUUUGAAACACAGAUUCGAGGGAAGAAUAUCAAUCACACGCGUCACGGCGGACAUCUCUCUUGCCAAACGCUCAGUCCUGAACAACCCCAGCAAGCACGCCAUCAUCGAACGUUCCAACACACGCUCAAACUUGGCUGAAGUCCAGAGUGAGAUUGAGCGGAUUUUCGAAUUGGCCCGUACGUUACAGCUGGUAGUUCUGGACGCUGACACCAUCAACCACCCGUCACAGCUGGGGAAGACUUCCCUCGCCCCCAUCAUUGUCUAUGUCAAGAUCACGUCUCCCAAGGUGCUGCAGAGGCUCAUCAAGUCCAGAGGCAAGUCUCAGGCCAAGCACCUCAACGUCCAGAUGGUGGCCGCGGACAAGCUGGCUCAGUGCCCUCCUGAGAUGUUUGAUAUCAUCCUAGACGAGAACCAGCUGGAGGAUGCAUGUGAGCACAUGGCUGAUUACCUGGAGGCCUACUGGAAAAGCACUCACCCUACCAGCUGCAACCCCCCGAACCCACUGCUAACAAAGCUGCCCACAGCCACCCUGCCCUGCAGCCCAGCUCCGGUCUCCGUCAUGCAGGGUAACACUGUAGAGCAGAGAGGAGAUAAAGCAUUAGCGGAGAGAAAGGGCUCCAGAGAGGAUCACCAGCACCACCAUCACCAUCACCACCACCACCACCAGAGCCAGGACCAAGCUGAUGGCGACGCAGAGGCUGAGGGGGAGGGCAAUGAGGAGGAGAGGCCUCUGAGGACAGAGUCCUCGAAGAGAGCCCAGCACAUCCACCACCGUUCGUCUUCCACCAGGACUGAGCACCACAACCACCAUCACCACCACCACCACCACAGCAGUCGAGCCCGGGGCCUCUCCCGGCAGGAGACUUUGGACUCGGAGACUCCCGAGAGCCGAGAGAGCCGAGAGAGCAGGGACUCGGCUUAUAUCGAGCCACGCACUCAGCUCCUCCACCAGGAGGAGGAGGAGGAGGAGGAGGAGGUAGAGGAAGAGGAGGAGGAGGAGGAGGAGGAGGAGGAGGAAGGUCUAGGGGAGGGGCACCCCCAGCAGCAACAGCGUUACGAGCCACUUCCGCACCGGGACCACAACCACCAUCACCAUCACCACCACCACCGUGGUGGGGGGGACGAGGCCGGCCAUAGCAUGGGACACCACCGCUCAAAGGAGCGCGAACAGGACCAUAACGAGAGGAACAAGCAGCGCUCUCACCACCACCGGCCAGCACGCGACCACCACCAUCACUACUACGACCGGGACAGAGACAGGGACCGAGAGGGGGAGGUGGCUCCCAAAAAGAGGGGUGAUGCAGGGGAAUGGGCCAGAGACUCCUACAUCCACCAGUGACAGACCAAAUCCCUCUUGAAGCUCAUUUGGACUCUCCUCUUAGAGACCAUUCUGUUCUCCCAUCAUGCUGCUAUACCCUGAAACCACAGCAUCCUAUUUAUGUACACUUCCUUUGUAAAUGCUGUUGCAUCUUUUUCAAUGGCAGGAUUUUGAUUACAUAGAUACAAAUAUAAAUAUAUAAAUGUGUGUAUCUAUGCAUAGACGUUGUUUAUGUGUGGAUAUGCAUGAAUAUUCUUAAAUAUGCAUAUUUUAAACCUGUGUUUGAUAAAGCAUGACACGAAAGCAGAAUUUUUUUUUCUGUACUGAGCUGUGCUUUCUGUGAUUAGCAUUUUUAUUUUUAUUAUUAUUAUAAUAAUUAUUUUUUGCUUGCUAGCACUUGAAUAAUUUGUUCCUUCAGACUACUACUAGGGUUGACUGCAACGGUUGACUAACCAAGUUAGUUUGAUGCUGUAUUUGCAGAGGUCUUUUGUUUAAAAGAAUAGUUUGGCAAUUUGUGAAGUAUGCUUCUUCACUUUCUUGCUUAGUGUUAGGCUUAGUUGCCAGUUUAUUAGAUACACCUAGCCAAAGCUAGUGCAAUGCUAAUGCAGCAGUCCUGCCAUAAAUCCUACUUCAUGAAGGUUACAACUUUCAGUUUUUUGUGUAGAAACGGUUUCACAGAAUUUUAUGACCAUUUUGGACGAUGUAAUUUGUGGUGCUGUUGAUACUGUUAAGUGGCAGGUGUUUCUGUUAUUUUUUCCACCGAAUUAAUAUCAGAAUGGGAAAUAUGUGUGUGAAUAUCAGAACAGAAAUACAUUCCGGUGUUAAUGCAAUACAAUUAUAGCACCACAGACUGCAUCCUGCAAACUGACCAUAUAGCUCAAUAACACCCUUCUAAAACCGUUCUAACAAAAACUUACAAUCUUCAUGAUUUAUUGCAGGACUGUUUUAUUAGACUGCAUUAGUUUUAGCCAGCUGUUCCAAACAAACUGGAAACUGAGUCUAGAUGAGAAGAUCAAUACCGCUCAUAUUUGUACGGUACACAUGAAGCUAGACCUAGCUAAACUUAGACUGAAAACAGCUAGUCUGGCUCUGUCUGAAGGUUAAAAAAAAAAAUCACCCACCAGCACCUCUAAAGCUCACUAAUUAACACUUUAUAUCUCAUUUAUUUGUCUGUACAAAAACAAAGUCUAAAAAUGAAAAGUUUUAUGGUGGAGUUUCAGUUUAGCUAACUUAAGCUAACCGGCUGCUAAUGCUAGCUGUAGCUUCUGUAACGGACAGACAUGAACGUGAUCUCCGUCUUCUCCUCUGAGUCUCGGCAAGAAAGCUGCUAAGCGUGUUUCCCAGAGUGUCAGACUACUCCCCUGAUUUUAUGUUCAUCAUUUAUUGCUUAGUUAAUUUUUUAAUUCUGCGUCCAUGGUUUUAGACAUUUGGUUUUAUGCCUCCUUCGAGGUGCACCUUAGUCUUGCCUUACAAGACAAACGACUUCUACAAUAACUUCCUCUCUUACAUGCAGUACUGUUCUCUUUGUAUGGGUCCAGAAACAUUUUAUAACAUUGAUACACCCUUUAUUCUGCACUUUUACUGAUUUCACCUCGAUUUCAAGUGAAAGCGAUUUGAUAUGACAUUACAACUUAAUGUAGGUCUUCUACCAAAACUCCAUCAAGGUUCAUCUAUUAUUAAGACUGACCCCUUUUCUAAUGAAUGUUGUUUAACUCCCACUUCAUAGUAUAAGAAUGUUCCUCACUAAAUAUUAAAACAUACAAGACCAAGUCAAACCAUUCAAAAUGUUUACCAGACAAACAUAGCUAUGUUUUCUGUCUUUUGUCUUUUUUUUUCCACUCUCCUGACGAGGAUCACUUCAACGCAGAGCGAUGGUGUUUGAUGGUUCAAGAUCCUCCAACAGCUGCCCCGUAUGCUCUAUGACGUUGGAUCAACUCAUAUUUUCAAUGAUUCAUGAUUCUGAAAAUCUGAAUUGAGCCCCUCUGUUUACAAAACCACCAACCCUGUCCCUUCACCUUCUUUGUUUUUGUCUGACAAUUGUAAUUAUGAAAAACUACUCCAUUUCUAUGCUACGUUGGUAGCAUUACAGAUUUUCUAACAGUGUACAUGUGUAUGUACAUAAAGCAUAAAUAUAAAGAAUAAAGUUGGCAAC